AUGUCUGAUGAUGAGAAAUGUCUUCCAAACAGAAAAAAAGGAAAGUUUGAGGCUACACAUCCAUGUGAUGAACUCAAACGAAUCGCUAAAGAGCUUAAUUGUGACAUGACGGACAGCCAAUUUGCAAAGCAUAUGGAUAGUAUUGACCCCCUGAGCAGCCUUAGACGAGAUUUCCACUACCCAAAAAUGAAGGAGGUACUUGGAACUGACUUAAGUUUGGUGGAUCCAGAGGAGGACUGCGUGUACUUCUGUGGAAACUCCCUCGGCCUGUGUCCAAAAAACACCAAGAAGUAUAUGGAUGUUGAACUUGACAAGUGGGCAAAAAUGGGUGUUCAGGGUCACCUCCAGGGAGAGGGAAUGCCAUGGGCAAAAUGUGAUGAGUGCCUGGAUGGUGAUAUGGCAAAACUUGUUGGGGGAAGACCAGGGGAGGUAGCUAUAAUGAAUGGACUUACAGUCAACCUUCAUUUGCUACUUAUAUCUUUUUAUCGCCCAACACCGAAACGUCACAAGAUUAUGUGCGAGGGUAAAGCAUUUCCAUCUGAUCAUUACACAUUCCAAAGUCAGAUAAACCUUCAUGGGUAUGAUCCAGAGAGCAGUUUACUCUGUGUUGAACCAAGGGAGGGGGAGAUGACUCUGAGGAUGGAGGACAUUCUAGCUAAGAUAGAGGAGGAGGGAGAUUCUAUUGCUGUUAUCUGCUUUAGUGGUGUUCACUACUACACAGGACAGUUGAUGGAUAUGGAGGCAAUAACACGUGCAGGCCAUGCCAAGGGAUGUUAUGUAGGGUUUGAUAUGGCCCAUGCUGCUGGAAAUGUUCCUCUGUACCUACAUGACUGGGAGAUUGAUUUUGCUUGCUGGUGUACUUACAAGUAUAUAAACUCCAGUGCUGGCUGUUUGGCAUGCAUCUUCCUUCAUGAGAAACAUAAAAACAACGACUUCCCUAAGUUGCUGGGCUGGUGGGGACACAGAUUUGACACAAGGUUCGAGAUGAAUAAUGAGUUAGAUCUACACCCAGGAGCUUAUGGUUACAGAGUCAGUAAUCCUGCUGGCCUUCUUUGUCCACCAAUCAAAGCAAGCCUUGAGAUAUUCAACAAAACAUCUAUGGAGGAAAUACGUGCUAAGUCCAAACUAUUGACAGCUUACCUGGAAUAUCGUAUAACAGAGAGGUAUGGAUUGACCAAUGAGAUGUCAGGAAAUACCGUGGAACAGGUAGACAGAGACUUCCAACAUGUACAUGUACACAUCUUCACUCCUUCUGACCCAGAGCAGCGUGGGGCCCAACUAUCACUCUCAUUCUCUGUUGACAUUUCUUAUGUUUUCAAAGAGCUGGAGAAAAGGGGAGUAAUUUGUGAUGAGAGGAAGCCAUCUGUGAUCCGGAUAUCACCAGCCCCUCUAUACUGCUCAUUCCAGGAUAUACACCGCUUUAUGGAAUACCUCGACCAGGCACUUAAGGCUGCUGCAGUCACAGUUGCUUCAGAGCAGAAAUAAAUCUGAAUAGAAAAUAUCUUUUUGUAAAUAAAAAUGAGGUAUUUUAAGUAACAUUUAUCAUUAACACUAUGUAAUCAAAUUUAUAUUCCAAUGUCUGCCUGUGUGACUGGCCUUAUAAAGUAUUUGUGGAGACCACAGAGAUGAAGUGUGUGAAUGUCGGUUAUCAAGU